CUAAUGUAGUACAUUACAUACAAACACGAUAUUUUAUCUCUUACAUACUAGCAUCCUCAUCCAACACUUCCAUUGCUUCGCUAUUUCUGCUCUCUUCUCCAAACCCUAGAUUACUUCUCCUUUUCCGUACAUUUUGAUGGCUGAGGAAGAGGCCGUAGCCCCUGCACCCAGCCCCGUCCCUUCCGAUCUUAAGCGAAAACUCGAGGAUGUCGAGCCCCACGACCCCCAUGCGGACAACAUGCCUCGCGACUCUGCUUUAGACCCUGAUGCCCAAGAUAACGAUGCUGCACCAUCUGAUUUGUCCGAGGCCAAACGCCCUAGGCUCGACGACGAUAAAACCGAUGGCUUGGCCAGUGAGAAUGGAUUUGAAGCUGAGAAAUCGCAUGAACCUGACAAGGAGGAGGAGGAGGGUUUGCAGCAAAAUGAGCUUAACAAGCAAGCAGAGGAUGGUGAUUCUCCUGCAAAGGAGGCUGAAAAAACUGUAAAACCUGAGCAAUAUGAAGGAACUGCAGAGGAAACAGAUGGGCAGUCUGCAGAUAAUCCUGAAACUGCUGAUGCUGAGUUAGGUAAAGUUGAGAGUUUUGAGGCAGAUAACGGUCAAGAACCUGCUAAAGAGGAUAAUAAGCAACCUUCUGAUGACUUGCCUCAGCAGGAGGUUGAUGAUGGUACAACUAUUACUCGCAAAAUGGAGGUUCCUAAUGCGAAGGUUGGCGUUCUCAUUGGCAAGGCAGGGGAUACUAUAAGGUACCUGCAAUACAACUCUGGGGCAAAAAUUCAAAUCAUGAGGGAUGCAGAUGCUGAUCGGGAUGCUCCUACAAGACCUGUAGAAAUUAUCGGGACUUUGAGUAGCAUAAUCAAGGCUGAGAAGCUUAUAAAUGCUGUCAUAGCAGAGGCUGAUGCUGGGGGUUCUCCUUCCCUAGUAGCUAGGGGCCUUGCUACCACACAGGCUGCUGGUGCUGCCGAUCAAAUUGAGAUACAAGUUCCAAAUGAGAAGGUUGGUUUAAUCAUUGGUAGAGGUGGGGAAACUAUAAAAGGACUGCAGACGAGGUCAGGGGCUCGAAUUCAGUUGAUACCUCAACAUCUCCCAGAAGGGGAUGGAUCAAAAGAAAGGACAGUGAGGGUAACUGGGGAUAAGAAGCAAAUUGAGAUUGCCAGAGAAAUGAUAAAAGAUGUUAUGAAUCAGACUGUCAGGCCAUCACCUCUUUCUGGUGGUUUCAAUCAGCAAGGCUAUCGACCUCGGGGAAACAGUGGUCCACCUCAGUGGGGUCCCCGGGGGCAUCCUCCUCAGACAUCAUAUGAUUAUCAGCAACGAGGACCAUAUCCAUCUCACAACUCUCAUUAUCAACCUCCUUAUGGUGGGUACCCUUCUCACCAAAUGGCUCCAAGGAGCAACUUUGGUUCUAGUUGGGAGCAGAGGCCUCAUAGCAUGCAGGGACCUCCUCAGAGUGGAGGUUAUGAUUACUACAGCAGGCAAGGGGGGGUCUCUAACCAACAUUUGACUUCAAUUCCUGGUCAUGGACCGGGUCCCUCACCUGCUCCAGCUAUGGGGCCGCCUCCAUCUCAGUCGAGUUAUAAUUAUGGACAGCCUCGUGGUCCAGCAGAUUAUGCGCAUCCACCACCCUAUUCGCAAGCUGCUCCCCAGCAUGGCUACGGACAUGGAUAUGAAGAGAAGUAUGAAAAUCAUACCCCAGUUCAGCAUCCUUAUGGAGGGCAUGGAUCUGCUCAGCCAGGAUAUGCACAGCCAGGUCCUCAACCUGGGUAUGCCCCUCAGCAGCAAUAUGGCAAGCCACCAUCUUAUGGCAUGCAGUCACAAGGACCCCAAACAUAUGGACCUCCAGCCAAUCAACCUGGAGAAGUACCAUAUCAAGGUCCAACUGCUCAGUCAUAUGGUUCAAAUGUGCCUCCACAGCAGCAGUAUGCAUAUGCAUCAAGUGGGCCAACGCAACAAAGCUAUCCUCCAUAUGGCUCUGCACCACCUAGUGAUGGGUACAGUCAGCCUCCAGCUGUGGGUGGCCAGGCUUAUCCGCAGCAAGGUAGCCAGCCUGUUCCUGGUUACAGUCAACCAACUGCAUAUGCACAAGCAAGUAGCGCUGCUGGGUAUGGUCAAUACCCACCAUCGCAACAAGGCUACUCUGAACAGACACAGGCUCCUAACAAUGCAGGUUAUGGGUAUCAAGGGGCGCAGGAUUCUGGUUAUGGUGGUGCGCCUGCAGCAACAUAUGGUGCGCCCCCAGCCAGUGGCCAAGCAACUUAUGCUCAAACAACAGCAGCUCAGCCUACCUAUGAUCAGUCUGUUCCUCAAUCUGGUAGUUAUGCUGCAGCGCCAGGUAGUGCACCUGCUGGGUAUGGAAAAACAGUAUCCCCCCAACCUGGAUAUGCGCAGUAUGAUUCCACCCAGAUGUAUGCUGCACCGCGUUGACAUGGCUGUCUUCCUGUAUGUCUUGUGUUGGUUAAUGUAGUCAGGACCGUACCCGACAUUCUGUAGGUAGUGUUUCUUUAUUUUGUUUUUGAGGCCUUCUAGCUAUUGUUUACUUUUGGCGCUACUGCAACUAGUUUCUCUUUUCUUUUUUAGUUUUGUUCGACAAAGAUUGCCAACCAAAUGCUACCUAACUUUGUUACUAACGAUGUUGGUUCCUUCAUGUUUGUUUUAUUAAAAUUUAAUAUAUGUUAUUCUACUAUUGAAACGUUUA